CCUUCUUGUCUCUAUCUCCCACCCUCUCUUUCUCAUCUACCCCUCCCUCUUCUCCACCCCUCCACUAUCAUGCAGCGUGUUGGCCCACCUCCUGGCGCACCACCUGGGCCCCCUCCCCUUCCCCCGGGGCCUCUGCCUCCAGAUGUCAGCCGUGGCCCUGCCAUCAACAUCGUGGGCUGGGUAGGCGCAUCAAUCUGCACCGUCUUCGUUCUUCUUCGCCUUUACAGCCGCCAUUUUAUCACUCGCACGCUGGGAUGGAGCGACGCUAUCAUCGUUUUUGCACAGGUACUCAACAUCAUUGCAACCGCGUUAGCCACUGUCUCUGUCCAUUACGGUACCGGAAGACAUGCAGUGCAUAUCCCCCUGGAGAAUAUUGAACCUGCACUGUUUUACGGGGCUAUCGUACGACCGUUCAGUAUUACCUCGUACAUUUUGCCGAAGCUGUCGGUCGCGCUAUUGAUCAUCUCGUUGAUGGGAACCCAGAAGACGGGCGUGUGGUUUCUAUGGUCAGUGAUUGUGGUACUCUUCAUCACGUCGAUACUGUCUUUCAUCAUGUUAUUUGCCCAGUGCAACCCACCUGAUCACAUCUGGAAGCCUAUGGAACCGGCAAUGUGCUACCCAACCAUUGUACUGGAUAGCAUCACGUACGUGGCAGGCUCCUGGUCCGCGUUCACGGAUUUGAUUUUAGCCGUGUAUCCCGUGUGGAUUUUGCGCAACCUUCAAGUGAAGAAAUCGAAGAAGAUUAGUAUCAUGAUAAUCAUGGGCCUUGGAUUCUUCGCGAUGAUCGCUGCCAUUGCAAAGACCACCCAACUUUCUGCGAACAACUCGCCAGAUGCGCCUUACGAACUAUUCUGGCUGUUCAUAACCACGUAUGUCGAAACCGACCUUGUCAUCAUUGCAGCUUGCGCGCCUACGUUACCGAAAUUAUUCAUGAGAUUGAUGGGCAAGGAUACCGAAUUGCCUACCGGUCAGUCAGGCUACGGAUCUAAGAAAGUAGGUCAAGGCUACAAAGAGUUUGACAGCGAGAACAGUCAUUCUGUCCCACUCGACACGAUCAAGAAGAAGGUGGUAAUCUCUCAAAAUUCUCAGAUGGUAUAG